CGUCUAUUGUUGACACUAUUUUCAGUCAUUUCGGUCAUGGCAAGGUGUUGAGUGUCUGGGUUGUAUUUGGCUUCAUUAAACUACGGGCAUGGGUACUGGCGCGGAAUCUCCUGGGCUAUCAUGCCCGUUGGACGUGGACCUCUUUCCAGCAUACAGCGAUGAUUCCCCCUUGUGCGAUUGCUCAUUUGGUAUCCCCAUGGAGUUCGGAGAGAGCUUUUAUCUAUUUUCUGAUUUUUUUUUAUUCCCUCCCUAUGCACGGUCCUUGGGCUUGCAUUUAUCCAGAGUAUUUCUUCUGUCAUUUUCGCAGGAAAGCCGAAUUGCAUGGGCAUUCCUAUGUUCAUGCUGUGAGCGUAUCUUUGGGGUUUUUUCGAUGUUGUUUGUCUCUUAUUCAUUUGCAGCACAUUUAUUACUGGUACUCAUUGUUCGGCGCGACCAAGUUCUAACGGGCAUUGGCUUUCCAUGGGCGAUUAGCAGAACAUGCAGAUGCCGGUGUCUUUGCAUGGAGAGCACUUGGAUUAGUUUACGAUUGUUUCUUCUCGUUUUUUUAGGGGCUCAUUUACACGAUAGAUGCGCAUGCAGCGCUACGGUAUGUCUGGGAUGGACACUAUCCUGUCUUUACAGCGUAUUGAUUCGUUGGCAUUCACGUUUCGCUCAUGCUCCCCUCGCAGUGGCUUUUGCUCUGUAUGCAACGGCCUUGUUAUACUCAAUACCCUUUUAAAUGCAAAUGUGGAGUUAGGGAUGGAAACUAAGGUGCGUCUAACAAGACCUCAUUGACCAUGGUGAUGCAAUGCUUUCGUUUGUUGUUUCAUGUGUGAUUGGG